AUGGCUGAUAAGAGACUAAAGGAGAAAAGGAAAACAUUUAUUAUCUCCGUGUCUGAGGAUACGCUUUACACUUUGCUGGAUGACCUACUAAGUGAAGAGGUAGUGAACCAAGAGGAGGCUGAAAAUGUGAAAAAGAAAAAUGCUACAACUAAAGACAAAGCCCGUGAUUUGAUCGAUUCAGUCAUUCCAAAAGGGUCCUGUGCCAGCCAAAAACUUAUUGACUAUAUCUGCAAGAGAGAUUCCAGCCUUGCUUAUGAAUUAGGAUUUUCUUCAGGUGAGAUUCCAAGAUUUUAUUUAAAAAAUUCUAAAUGA